CGCACGGAUUGAAUUGGACAUUUUGCCUCUUUUCACUUCCCUCGUAGGCUUUCAUCUCGCGGGCAAAUUCUGCGUAACCAACCAUGGAAUUGGAAGCUACAGCAGAAGAGGAGUCACCAGCUCAAGACCCAAACCCCAAAAUCUCCCUCUUCCCGCUCUCGCUCGCGCCCCAAAAUCCUCAGGGAACCUUGCCCAAUUCAAGCGUUCCUCAGUGGCUCUGCAACUCCAGCUUCACCACCGACCUCUCCGUCAUCGACGAUGCUAUUUCUUCUCAAAAUAUUGUCUAUUCUGCCCUUUCAGACGAUGCCAACCGGGAAGACGCUGUGGAGGAUGAAGGAGGUUCGAGUGCCGAACCUGGGGCGCAGAAGUCUUCUCGAUCAUACGAAUUGCUGGAGUCUUCUGCUUCGGACGACGAUUCCGAGCAUGAAAAGAGGAAAGAGAGGAGGAAGAAGAAGAAGAAGAGGAGGAGGCGAAAUGAAUACGAAGAAAGUGGAGGCUUCGGCGAAUAUGGUUCGAGAAAGUCCGACGUUCGAGCUUGGGCCGACGACAGUAGCAGACCUUCCAAAGAUUAUUACUUCGAUUCUCAGGGAGACCGGGACAAUUUAGCUUUCGGGUCUCUUUACAGGAUGGAUGUUGCACGUUACAGGCCACUCAACCCUGGGGAAAGACCUGGACUUUAUGUUCAUGGAUUUUAUCAGUGGAAUAAAAGCGGCUCAGCCUUAUUCAGAGAUGCUGAUGCUGAUGCGUUGGAUAGUAAAGUAAAAUCGGGUGGACGAUAUUGGUCUGCAAAGAAUGCAGCCAUAGAGCGACAUAAGAACUUCAAACGUGUACGCAUCGGUUUUUCUAGAAAAAUUUCAGAUACAUUCUUGGAUGAUUUCAUUCCUUUGUCGGAUGUUCAAACAUCAAAUAAUCUCGAGGAAUCUUGGGAAGAUGAAGUGCUACGAAAAACUCGGGAGUUUAAUAAACUUACUAGGGAGCAUCCCCAUGACGAGAAGGCUUGGUUAGAUUUUGCUGAAUUUCAAGAUAAGGUUGCAGCCAUGCAACCUCAGAAAGGUGCUCGCUUGCAAACUCUAGAGAAAAAAAUUAGCAUACUCGAGAAGGCUGCUGAGCUUAACCCAGAGAAUGAGGAAUUAUUGCUAUACCUUCUCAAGACCUAUCAGAACAGAGAUAAUAUUGAUGUGGUGAUUAGUAGAUGGGAGAAGAUACUGAUGCAGCAUUCUGGGAGUUAUAAGUUGUGGAGAGAGUUUUUGCAUCUCAUUCAAGGGGAGUUCUCGAGAUUCAAGGUUUCAGACAUGAGACAAAUGUAUGCACAUGCGAUUCAAGCUCUAUCUGCUGCAUGCAACCAGCACAUUAGGCAGGCCAAUCAAACUGCCAAACCCUCUGUGGAGCAUGAUCAUAUUCAGCUAGAACUUAGUAUGGUUGAUAUUUUCCUGAGUUUGUGCAGGUUUGAGUGGCAGGCUGGGUAUCAGGAGUUGGCUACUGCUUUAUUUCAGGCUGAGAUUGAAUUUAGCUUGUUCUGCCCUGCUCUGCAUUUAAAUGAUCGAAGUAAACAAAGAUUAUUUGAACACUUUUGGAAUAGUGACGGUGAAAGAGUUGGUGAAGAAGGUGCCCUUGGUUGGUCUACAUGGUUAGAAAGAGAAGAGGAAAAUAGACAAAAGGUUAUUAAAGAGGAGGAGGCCUUAGAGGCUGAUGAUAAAGGUGGUUGGACGGGUUGGUCUGAUCCAGCACCCAAAGAGAAGAAAAAUAGCGAUGACACAGAAACUACUGCAGAAAUGGGUGUUGCAGCAGAGGAGACUAUGGCGGAAUAUGUGGAAGAAGAAGAUAUCGAAAGGGAAGAUAGCACUGAAGAUUUGCUCAAAAUUCUAGGAAUUAACACUGAUCUAGGGGUAGAUGGGGAGGUUAAGGACACCUCAACCUGGGCUAAAUGGUCAAAAGAAGAGUCACUAAGAGAUUGUGAACAAUGGAUACCUGUCCGGGCAAAAACUGCAGAUGUUAUUCAUGAUGAAGAGAUGCCUGAUGGAGAAGCAAACGAACAACUUCUAAGAGUUGUAUUAUAUGAAGAUGUCAAAGAGUACCUGUUUUCAUUGAUUUCAAGUGAAGCCCGUUUAUCCUUAAUAUAUCAGCUAAUUGAAUUCUUUAGUGGAAAAAUCUAUUCAAGGGCUUCUUCAAAUAGUUCAAGUUGGAUGGAGAGAAUACUUAGUUUAGAGGCAUUGCCAGACGAUAUAUUACAUUACCUGAGAAGUGUCCACGAUGUUCUUAACAAAGGACAAAAUAUCUCUGGUGGCUUCACUUUGGAGGUCCUUGUGGGAGGUUCUGAUAACUUAUCUAGUAUGUCUGACAUGAUGAAGUUUCUUCGCAAUGCUAUCUUACUUUGUUUAACGACUUUCCCACGUAAUUAUAUAUUGGAAGAAGCUGCUUUAAUUGCUGAAGAGUUAUUCGUUACAAAAAUGAAUUCUGGUGGCUCCUCAGUUACCCCCUGCCGUUCCUUGGCAAAGAACCUCUUGAAAAGUGAUCGUCAGGACGUGUUAUUAUGUGGAGUCUAUGCACGACGAGAGGCAACAUAUGGAAAUAUUGAUCAUGCUAGAAAAGUAUUUGACAUGGCAUUGGCAUCUGUGGAAAGCCUUCCUGUGGAUCAGAAGUCUAACGCUUCUCUACUAUAUUUCUGGUAUGCUGAAAUGGAGCUUGCGAAUGAUCCUAUCAAGGGUCAUGACUCAUUAAAUCGUGCAGUUCACGUCUUAUCUUGCCUAGGAAGUGGUGCUGCACACAGUCCAUUUAAAUGUCAACCAUCAAGCUUGCAAGUGCUGAGAGCGCACCAAGGCUUUAAAGAAAAAGUCAGGGCAGUACAGUCUACAUGGCUCCAUGGAGUUAUAGAUGACUCGUCUGUGGCUCUCAUAUCCUCUGCAGCUUUGUUUGAGGAGUUGACCUCUGGAUGCAAUGCAGGUCUUGAGGUUUUAGAUCAAGCUUUCUCCAUGGUACUUCCAGAAAGAAGAAAACAGAGCUAUCAGCUUGAAAAUUUAUUCAACUACUACGUGAAGAUGCUUCGGAGACAUCAUAAGCAAUUAAGCCAAAUGAAAGUCCGGGAGUCUGUUUCUCAGGGAUUGCAAUCCUAUCCAUUAAAUCCAGAACUUUAUAGUGCUUUUCUGGAGAUCAGCUACAUUUAUUCGGUACCCAGUAAACUGCGAUGGACCUUUGAUGACUACUGCCAGAAGCAACCUUCUUUGAUUCUUUGGAUUUUUGCAUUAUCCUUUGAGAUGGGUCAUGGAGGUUCUCUCCAUAGAAUCCGUAGACUGUUCGAAAAGGCAUUGGAAAACGAGAAUUUGCGUCAUUCUGUUCUACUCUGGCGCUGUUACAUAUCAUAUGAGCUGAACACAGCAUGCGAUCCUUCUUCAGCCCGACGAGUUUUCUUCCGAGCUAUUCAUUCCUGCCCGUGGUCAAAAAAACUGUGGCUUGAUGGUUUUCUCAAACUGAACUCCGUUUUGAGCGCGAAAGAGCUUUCGGAUCUCCAAGAAGUUAUGCGGGAUAAGGAGCUCAAUCUUCGAACCGAUAUUUACGAGAUUCUUCUGCAAGAUGAACUUGUGUCUUGAAUCUUGUCUUUGUCGACCUCGAUGCACAGCUGCGCUCUCCCAUGGCUUAAAGGGGAGUUGUUAUCAUGUUCUCAUCCUGUUGCUCUAAAAUAUUGUACGGUGAAAAAAUGUUAUACAAGAAGUAGCUUCACAUUCCCCUCCCUAUAUAGGCGAUGUUCACUGUUUUGUUUUUCUUCUUUAAUUGGACGAUCCUUAUAGAUUGUACAUUGGGUGAGAGGAGACACAGGGUUGGGUUCAAUUUAAAGCUAGGUUAUAAGUUUGUUCGAAGUUAA